AUGAAAAUAAUAGUAGUAUUGUUUUUAAUUUGUUCACUUUUUCCUCAUUCCACAUUAUCAAACUCAAUAGAAAUAAUUAGAAGAAAUAAACAUAUAAAUCUAUAUCACCCAGAAACAAAUGAAUUAAUAAUAAGUAGUCCAAUAAAUAACAAAAUAUUCUCUCAUCAACAUAUUCAUACUUUAAUAAAUAAAAAUUAUAAUAAUAAAAAUGAAUAUUUAAACAUUCAAAAUAAUAAUAAUAAUAAUAAUAAUAAUAAUUUAAUAAAUAAUAGUAAAUUACAAAUUAAUGAUAAUAACAAUAGUAGUAGUAGUGGUAGUGGUAGUAGUAGUAAUAGUAGUAGUAAUAGUAAUAAUAAUAAUAAUAAAAAAAAAAUAUAUAAUCAUUUAAAAUUAAAAAGUGAUUAUGAUUAUAAAAAUAAUAAUUCAUAUCUUUUUAAAGAAUCAAUUUCAUCAUCAUCAAUAUUAUAUGGAGGUAUAACAUCAUCAUUUGAAUAUUUUAUACCAAUAUUAGUUGGAACACCACCUCAAAUGUUUACAGUUCAAGUUGAUACUGGUAGUACAUCAUUAGCAGUACCAGGUUUAAAUUGUUAUCUUUAUAAAUCUCAAACCAUUAAAACCUCUUGUAGUUGUUCCGAUGGUAAUUUAGAUGGACUUUAUAAUUUCGAUGAUAGUGUAUCAGGUAUAGCUCUAAAUUGUUCAGCAUCGGUUUGUAACAAUAGUUGUCAAAAUAAAAAUCACGAUAAUUGCCCAUUCAUGUUAAAAUAUGGUGAUGGUAGUUUCAUAGCGGGUUCUUUAGUUAUUGAUAAUGUCACUAUUGGUCAAUUUACUGUACCUGCUAAAUUUGGUAAUAUUCAAAAGGAAUCACUCUCAUUUUCACAAUUAACUUGUCCUUCAAAUGCAAGAUCUCAAGCUGUUAGAGAUGGUAUUUUAGGUUUAUCAUUUCAAGAAUUAGAUCCAUAUAAUGGUGAUGAUAUAUUUUCAAAAAUUGUUAGUUCAUAUGGUAUACCAAAUGUAUUUUCAAUGUGUUUAGGUAAAGAUGGUGGUAUAUUAACAAUUGGUGGUAUUAAUGAAAGAGUCAAUAUUGAAACUCCAAAAUAUACACCAAUCAUUGAUUUUCAUUAUUAUUCAAUUCAUGUUUUAAAUAUUUAUGUUGAAAAUGAAUCAUUAAAAUUCACUCCAAAUGAUUUCAUAUCUUCAAUUGUUGAUAGUGGUACAACAUUAUUAUAUUUUAAUGAUGAAAUAUUUUAUAGUAUUAUAAAAAAUUUAGAACAAAGUUAUUCAAAAUUACCAGGUAUAGGAGAAGAUAAAUUUUGGGAAGGUAAUUGUCAUUAUUUAUCAGAAGAAUCAGUUGAACUUUAUCCUACAAUCUAUUUAGAGUUGGAUGGAAGUGGUGCUAGUGGUAGUUUUAAAUUGGCUAUACCACCAUCAUUAUACUUUUUAAAGAUUAAUAAUUUACAUUGUUUUGGUAUUUCACAUAUGAAAGAGAUUUCAGUGUUGAUUGGUGAUGUUGUGUUACAAGGUUAUAAUGUAAUUUAUGAUCGUGGUAAUUCAAGAAUUGGUUUUGCUAAAAUUGAAAAUUGUAAAACCUCGAAUAGUGAUAAUUCACCAUUAAAACUUUCAAUUGUAAAUGGUAAUUUUCAAAAAGCAACUGAAGAAAAUCAAUUUAGACAUCCUUUAGUUUUAUCACUCAAAACUAAUAAAAAUGCAACUCUGUCGAUUAAUGGUAAUUCAACAAAUUAUAAUAAUAAAAAUAAUAAUAGAUUAAAUAAAACUAAAGAAAUUUAUGGUAAUAAUAAUGAUGAUGAUAGUGUUAAUGAUGAUGAUGAACCAAUUGGUGGUGUAAUAAUUGGAUUUUCAAUUACUUCAGGUAAUGCAUAUUUCUAUCCAAGUUAUAUGACUUCAAUUAGAAAUAUAACAGAUGCUGAUGGAUUAGUUAGUGUAUUAGUAGUACCAAGAUUUUUUGGAAAGAUAUCUGUUGAAGCAAUGGUUUGGGGUAAUAAUAAUACCAACAUCGUUAGUUUUACACUACAUUCAAAUAUGAAACCUUGGAAAAUAAUAAUCAUUUCUUUAUCAGUUUUUGGUUGUUCAAUUUUAAUUUUAUUAAUUUGUUUCUUUUUCUAUAAGAAAAAGACUUUACGUAGUUCAAAUAAUAAUAACAGUAAUAAUAAUAAAAGAAAUAACAAAACUAAUAUAAAUGAUUUAGAAGUUAAUAUUGAUAAUGAAGGUGUUGAAAGUUUAUUAAAUAAUGAAAAUAGUAGUAAUAAUAACAAUAAUAAUAAUAAUAAUAAUAAUAAAAAUAAUAAUAACAAAAAUAAUAAUAAUGUCGGAGAUUUAGAAAAUAAUAUUGACAAUGAAGAUGAAGGUUUAUUAAAAAAUCAGAAUAGCACUAUCAAUAAUAAUAAAAAUAAUAAUAAUAACGAUAGUAGUUGUAUUAGUAGUAGUAGUAGUAACUUCAAAAAUAAUAAUGAUAAAAAUAAUGAAAAUUUAAAAUCAGGUAAAGAAUGGGAUCUUUUUAGUGACAGUUUAAUCAAAAGUUUAAACUCGGAUUUUAAUAUUUCAAGUCUUGGUAAAAAUUUUAAUGAUAUCACUGAAUAA